AUGACCACCAUGAAGCUAAUAGCAUCACUCCCUCCUGGCUGUCUCCUGCAAGUGGUUCCGUGCCUUAGAAUCGCCGCUUUUAAUAUCAAGACCUUUGGUGAGACCAAGAUGUCUAAUGACACCGUCUCUGACUAUAUUGUGAUGAUCCUGAAUCAGUAUGAUAUUGCUCUCGUCCAGGAGGUGAGAGACAGCCAUCUGACAGCUGUGGGGAAACUGCUGGAUAAACUCAACAGUGACUCAGCAGAUGCCUAUCAUUUUGUGGUCAGUGAGCCUCUAGGGCGGAACAGUUAUAAAGAACGCUAUCUCUUUGUAUUCAGACCUGACAAAGUGUCUGUCCUAGACAGCUAUUAUUAUGACGACGGCUGUGAACCCUGUGGAAAUGACACCUUCAGCCGGGAGCCUGCCAUUGUCAAAUUCUCCUCUCCAACUACAGAGGUGAGCGAGUUCGUCAUCGUACCUCUGCAUGCAGCCCCAAGUGAUGCUGUGGCUGAGAUUGAUGCACUCUAUGAUGUCUACCUAGACGUCCGCGAAAAAUGGAACACAGAGGACAUUAUGUUCAUGGGAGACUUCAAUGCUGGGUGUAGCUAUGUCACUGCUUCCCAGUGGUCGUCUAUCCGUCUGCGCACUGACCCAACAUUCGAGUGGCUAAUUCCUGACACUGCAGACACCACUGCGACAACUACAAACUGUGCUUAUGACAGGAUUGUAGUCUCUGGAACUAAGCUACAAAGUGCCAUCGUGCCUGGGUCGGCCACCACAUUUGAUUUCCAGGCAGCAUACAAUUUGAGUUAUGAAAUGGCUCUAGCCAUCAGCGACCAUUAUCCUGUGGAAGUGACACUGAAGAAAGCCUGA